AUGUUCGACGGAUUUGUUGUCCCAGAUAAGCCCAGCGAACCCGAAGCAGAUGAAUGUUGCAUGUCGGGAUGUGCCAUAUGCGUGUACGAUCUAUAUGCUGCAGCACUUGAGGAUUACAAGCUAGCUAUGGAGGCACUGCGAACUACGUUAAUGGCGCGCAAAAUACCGGAAAAGGAGUGGCCUGAAGACGUAAGAGCUGCUGGACCACGAAAUGAAAAUAAAAGGGCAAAACAAGAUCCUUUACGAGACAUCACGCUCAAUGCAUUCGAAGCACUCGAACGCUCACUGCGAGAGAAGCAGGAGAGAGAUAAAUCUGGCAUGGGCCCCGGCGUGGAUGGGCGACCUGCCCCAUCCGCGAGGCGAAGUAGAAGGACGUCAAUAACAAGUAUUGGCGCGGUAUCGGAGGCGAUACGAUGGGUGCUGUAUAGCAACCGAUAA